AGACACACACCAGUGGCGACAGGGGAGAGUUGGAAAGACGCAGGAGAGAAGCAGGAGGCAGAAGGCAGCGGGGAGGGAGCAAUGGGAGCGGGAAGCAGGCAGGUUCCCUCGCAAAUCCCCCUCCGGCCCCACGUCGCUUCGCCGGCCCCGGCAGGGGAGCAAGGAGCCGGGCUAGCAGAUGGAGGAGUGGAGCUCGCUCUAGGCAGCGGGCUUGGCCGGAGAAUGGAGGAGCCGCCAAGCGACCGGCUGAUUGGAAGAGAAACGCAGAGCGAUGGAGGCGGGGGUAGGAGGACGAUUUCUCUGCGGGGACUGGCGGCGGCGGCGUCUACGCCCGGGUCGGGCGCUGCAGAGCUUGGCUAGCUUUCAACCCGCGCUCGCCGGCUCCAGCCCCGCGCGCCCCCACCCCCAGCCCUCCCGGCGGCUCCGCAGGGUGAGGUGGUUUUACCGCGGGUUGCUCGGCCAGCACGACCCGAGGAGGUGGCUGGAGGAGGUGGCUGGACGGCUAAAGAAUGAACGGAGAAGCUGACUGCCCCACAGACCUGGAAAUGGCCGCCCCCAAAGGCCAAGACCGCUGGUCUCAGGAAGACAUGUUGACUUUGCUGGAAUGUAUGAAGAACAACCUUCCAUCCAAUGACAGCUCCAAGUUCAAAACCACCGAGUCACAUAUGGACUGGGAAAAAGUAGCAUUUAAAGAUUUUUCUGGAGACAUGUGCAAGCUCAAAUGGGUGGAGAUUUCUAACGAGGUGAGGAAGUUCCGAACAUUGACAGAAUUGAUCCUUGAUGCUCAGGAACAUGUUAAAAAUCCUUACAAAGGCAAAAAACUCAAGAAACACCCGGACUUCCCAAAGAAGCCCCUGACCCCUUAUUUCCGCUUUUUCAUGGAGAAGCGGGCCAAGUACGCGAAGCUCCACCCUGAGAUGAGCAACCUGGACCUGACCAAGAUUCUGUCCAAGAAAUACAAGGAGCUGCCGGAGAAGAAGAAGAUGAAAUAUAUUCAGGACUUCCAGAGAGAGAAACAGGAGUUCGAGCGAAACCUGGCCCGGUUCAGGGAGGAUCACCCUGACCUAAUCCAGAAUGCCAAGAAGUCGGACAUCCCCGAGAAGCCCAAAACCCCCCAGCAGCUGUGGUACACCCACGAGAAGAAGGUGUACCUCAAAGUGCGGCCCGACGCCACUACGAAGGAGGUGAAGGACUCCCUGGGGAAGCAGUGGUCUCAGCUCUCGGACAAAAAGAGGCUGAAAUGGAUUCAUAAGGCCCUGGAGCAGCGGAAGGAGUACGAGGAGAUUAUGCGUGACUAUAUCCAGAAGCACCCUGAGCUGAACAUCAGUGAGGAGGGCAUCACCAAGUCCACCCUCACGAAGGCCGAACGCCAGCUCAAGGACAAGUUUGAUGGGCGACCCACCAAGCCACCUCCGAACAGCUACUCGCUGUACUGCGCCGAGCUGAUGGCCAACAUGAAGGACGUGCCCAGCACCGAACGUAUGGUCCUGUGCAGCCAGCAGUGGAAGCUGCUUUCUCAGAAGGAGAAGGAUGCCUACCACAAGAAGUGUGACCAGAAAAAGAAAGACUAUGAGGUGGAACUGCUCCGUUUUCUAGAGAGCCUGCCUGAGGAGGAACAGCAGCGGGUCCUCGGGGAGGAGAAGAUGUUAAGCAUCAACAAGAAGCAAGCCACCAGCCCAGCCUCCAAGAAGCCCUCGCAGGAAGGGGGCAAGGGUGGCUCUGAGAAGCCCAAACGGCCGGUGUCAGCCAUGUUCAUCUUCUCUGAAGAGAAGCGGCGGCAGCUGCAAGAGGAGCGGCCCGAGCUCUCGGAGAGCGAGCUGACCCGGCUUCUGGCCCGCAUGUGGAAUGACUUGUCGGAGAAGAAGAAGGCCAAGUACAAGGCCCGGGAGGCGGCGCUGAAGGCUCAGUCGGAGAGGAAGCCGGGCGGGGACCGUGAGGAACGGGGCAAGCUGCCGGAGUCACCCAAGAGAGCUGAGGAGAUCUGGCAGCAGAGCGUCAUCGGGGACUACCUGGCUCGCUUCAAGAAUGACCGGGUGAAGGCCUUGAAAGCCAUGGAGAUGACCUGGAACAACAUGGAGAAGAAGGAGAAGCUGAUGUGGAUUAAGAAGGCAGCCGAAGACCAAAAGCGAUAUGAGAGAGAGCUGAGUGAGAUGCGGGCGCCCCCCGCUGCUGCAAACUCGUCCAAGAAGAUGAAGUUCCAAGGAGAACCGAAGAAGCCUCCCAUGAACGGUUACCAGAAGUUCUCCCAGGAGCUGCUGUCCAAUGGGGAGCUGAACCACCUGCCGCUGAAAGAGCGCAUGGUGGAGAUAGGCAGUCGCUGGCAGCGCAUCUCCCAGAGCCAGAAGGAGCACUACAAAAAACUGGCGGAGGAACAGCAGAAGCAGUACAAAGUACACCUGGACCUCUGGGUCAAGAGUCUGUCUCCCCAGGACCGGGCAGCAUAUAAAGAGUACAUCUCCAACAAACGUAAGAGCAUGACCAAGCUGCGAGGCCCAAACCCCAAGUCCAGCCGGACUGCCUUGCAGUCCAAGUCGGAGUCUGAGGAGGAGGAUGAGGAGGACGAGGAGGACGAGGACGAGGAGGACGAGGAGGAGGACGAGGAGAACGGGGACUCCUCUGAGGACGGCGGGGACUCCUCCGAGUCGAGCAGCGAGGACGAGAGUGAGGACGGAGAUGAGAACGAGGAGGACGAUGAGGACGAGGACGACGACGAGGAGGACGACGAGGACGAGGACAAUGAGUCCGAGGGCAGCAGCUCCAGCUCCUCUUCCUCCGGGGACUCCUCGGACUCUGAUUCCAACUGAGGCUCGGUCCCACCCAGGGCUCCCCUCCCCAGCUGACCACCUUUGUUUCUCCCCCAUGUUCUGUCCCCUGCUCCCCCCCCCCCCCCAC